AUGUGUCCGCUUAGCGAGCGGCGCGGGCGGGUGUUCCAGCCCCCGAACAACCUCGCGGACUAUUGGAGGGUCUCGAUGCACCCCGACGCGGGGUACAUCAACAUGGGGGCGCGUGGCCAGGGGUACGUCUCGGAUCCUCCGCUCCCCGAAGUCCGAGCCGUGAACCACGAGUUCACGGAGAGGCAGAAGGAGUGGAAGGACGCGGAGAAGCGCCGCAGUGAGAGGAAGAGGAAGAAGAAGGAGGCGAGGGACAAGGCGAAUCGGGCGCUGGAGAAGCAAGUCAAAUCGCUUAUCCCGACGCCCGACUCCACGCCCUCGGCAGAGGUCGAGAUUGACUACUCAGCGCUGCCCGACCCCAACACAGAGGGGGCGGGAGGCCAGUCGCCGGACCAGCGGGGAGCUGGCACCGAGCCCCCGGCGCAGGCCGAGGGCGAAGAUACGCGUGCACCGUCGCCGGUCGGGAUGCCGCCUGCGCUGUCGGUUGCAGGGACCCUCGAGCAGGCUUCGCCACCAAAGCCUCAGACGGGCCCAGGCGCGGCGCCCAGCGGUUGUUUGGCGAGAUCCAGCGGGUCGGCGCGGGCCCCGAAAAGCGGCUCAAAGAAAUGCAAGUUGGAGGCCGCCUCGGGCAUGAAAGUCCCUACUGCUCGGGUUCCUUCGCUGGCGCCCACCAAAGCCCUCAAGAUGGGGAGGUCCGCGACGCCAGGCACGGCGCCGCAGCCCCCGAGCGGGGGGCCUCGGUCGGCAGAGGAGAUCGCCGAGGAGCUCCAGGCGGCGAUUGCCCGGGGGGCUGCAUCGACCCACGCACAAUUGGGCGUGAGCGACUCCGGUCGGCAUGGCGCGGAGGACGCCAUCGGCCGGGCGCCGAGGGGGAAAUCGGCCGAGGUGCCGAGGGAGAGACCAGCCAAGGCGGCGAGGAGGAUGCCGCCCGGCCGGGCAUCGGUGGAGAGGGAAGGACCGACGGGGCUAUGCCAGAGCAGCCCAUUGCGGCUAAAGGAAAUCUCGCGCGACAAGAGCGCCGAGCUGGCCCAGCAGGACUCCAAGGUGCAAUGGUUCGAGCAGUGGAACACCAAUCUGAUCGCGCGGCUGGGCGAGGCCAACACCUUGAAGGAUGAGCCUCUCGAAGCGAGGGUGGCUCAGUGCAAGCAGCUGCAGAAGACUCUCGAAGUGCAGGCCGUCUCCCUUACGGAGAAGGUGGCCCUCGUCGAGGGGCAGAGAGAAGCCAUUCUGCGCGCGGAGACUGCCCUCCAGGCUGCGCGGGCAGAGAUAGACCAAGGGAGGAAGCGCGUCGAGGAGCUGCAGAAGAGGGUGGCAGACGAGACCGCGGCGAAGGAGGCCCUCCAGGCCGCGUACGCGUCCCUCAAGGGCGCCCUCUGCCCCGGCGUCCAGAAUGCCCUCGGCGUUGUCUGGACGCACUACGUCAUCGACUUCGAGCACUUGGCCAUGGGCUACAUCGUCCCCGACGGCGAUGAUGAUGCCAAAGUCGAUGCUAUGGAGCAAGCUGACGCAGGUGCUGAAGGCGCUGCCACCACCUUGGCCGGGCUCUUCGAGGGCGACCUCUUCCCCGACGCCGUAGAUGAUGGAGACGAGGGCGAGCACGGCGAGGGGGCUGGUGGCAACUUGUAG